UGGUGAGCUGUUGCUUAGCAGCUAAUAAUAGGAGAUGUUUGCGGAGUAAUUUGCCUCUUCCUCGGCCAAUGGGAACUGGAGCACUUUCCCAUCAAACCAAACCUUCCUCCCCCCCUUUCCUCUUUUCAGGAUCUCGAAGGAGGCUGUUUGUUCCAAAUGUUGGUGGGACGGGUUCCGAGGCGCACUGCACCGCCGGGCACCCGAGCGCCUCUCCUCUCGCUCUCGGAGGCUGUGUGAGCGCUCGCUCCCCCCGGUCUCCCGCCGCGCGUCGAAGGGCCACGCUGGGCGGCGCCAAGGGCGCCUGGGGUGCGCCUGGAUGGCCCCGGAUUCGCCCCCAUAAUGUUCGCAUGGGAUCCCCGCAGAAGCCAUUCUGAAGCCUCGGACCCCGCACUUUUCUCUCGUGGAUUACCGCUCUUGGGAAGCCGCCGGAGCUCCCUCGCUUCUCGUCUGCACCGUCCUCGUUCGACCCCGCGCCAUGGCUUCGGGUCAGCCGGUCCCCGGGAGCGGGGGCUUCUUUGGAGAGCUCCCGGCGUCUUACGCAGCUGCUGCCAACUCCGAUCUCCUGCGGAGACCCAGCUAUUGCCACGCAGCCUUUGCCCUCAAGCAGAUCUCCAAGGGUAAGGCUGUUGGCCAGAAAGCCCCACUGUGGCUGCGGGCCCAGUUCCAGGCUCUGUUGUUUACACUGGGCUGCUGGAUCCAGCGUCAUUGUGGCAAAGUGCUUUUUGUGGGGCUGCUGGUCUUUGGGGCACUGGCAGUAGGGCUGCGAGUAGCCUCCAUCGAGACUGACAUUGAACAGCUCUGGGUGGAAGAGGGCAGUCGUGUCAGCCAAGAGCUCCGGUACACAAGAGAAAAGCUUGGUGAAGAAUCUCUCUACACAUCCCAGAUGCUAAUACAAACUCCCAAACAGGAAGGAAAAAACAUCCUAACUCCAGAUGCCUUGGAAAUGCAUCUUGAAGCUGCUUUGGCUGCUAGUAAAGUGCAAGUCUUACUAUUUGGAAAAUCAUGGGAUCUCAACAAAAUAUGCUACAAAUCAGGUGUCCCAAUAAUUGAGAAUGGAAUGAUUGCACGGAUGAUUGAGAAGCUCUUCCCCUGUGUUGUUGUGACUCCACUGGAUUGUUUCUGGGAUGGUGCCAAAUUACAAGGAGGGUCUGCUUAUCUACCGGGCCGGCGGGAUAUUCAGUGGACUAACUUAGAUCCUAUUCAAUUGAUGGAGGAACUGGGUCAAUUUGCCUCACUGGAAGGAUUCAAGGAGAUGUUGGAUAAGGCAGAGGUUGGCCAGGCCUAUAUGGAGCGGCCUUGCCUUGAUCCUUUUGACCCUGAGUGUCCUCCUAGUGCUCCCAACAGCCAAAGCCAGAAGAAACCACACAUCCCUUCUGAACUCACAGGUGGCUGCCAUGGCUUCUCCCGGAAAUACAUGCAUUGGCAAGAGGAACUCAUCUUGGGGGGCACAGUAAAAGAUCCUCAAGGAAAACUGCAAAAAGCUGAAGCCCUGCAAAGCAUGUUCCUGCUGAUGAGCCCACGACAACUUUAUGAGCACUACCGGGAUGACUACGAGAUACAUGAUAUCAGCUGGAGCGAGGAGAAGGCUGCCGCUGUGCUGGAGGCUUGGCAGCGGGAAUUCGUUGAGGUGGCCCAGGAAUCUCUGCCUUCAAAUUAUUCACAGACUAUUCAUGCCUUCUCUACCACCACACUCAGCGAUAUCAUGAAGUCCUUUUCAGAUGUGAGUGCCAUCCGUGUGGCUGGUGGUUACCUGCUAAUGCUAGCGUAUGCUUGCGUCACCCUGCUGCGGUGGGACUGCUCCAAAUCUCAGGGUGCUGUGGGCCUGGCUGGGGUUCUCCUAGUUGCCCUUUCAGUAGCAGCAGGACUUGGACUUUGCUCCUUGCUUGGAAUUUCAUUCAAUGCAGCCACCACUCAGGUGCUGCCCUUCCUGGCCCUUGGCAUUGGCGUGGAUGACAUGUUCUUGCUAGCACAUGCCUUCACAGAGACUAGUCAGCAUGUCCCUGUCAAGGAACGAACUGGUGAAUGCCUACGUCGUAGUGGCACCAGUGUGGCACUCACAUCUGUCAAUAACAUGAUUGCCUUCUUCAUGGCUGCCCUUGUGCCUAUCCCUGCAUUGCGUGCCUUCUCUCUACAGGCUGCAGUAGUGGUUGUUUUUAACUUUGCCAUGGUGCUGUUCAUUUUUCCUGCCAUUCUGAGUCUGGAUCUUCACAGGCGUGAAAGCAAGAGGCUUGAUAUUCUCUGCUGCUUCUACAGCCUCUGUUCUGCCCGAGUCAUCCAGAUCCAACCACAAGAAUAUGCUGAUGUGAAUGACAACCACACCGCACCCACUUAUCCCCAUGGCCAUCCAGCCCUGGCGACCAGCACACACAUCACUACCACUGUGCAGGCCUUCACUCAGUGUGACUCCUCUGGGAGACAUGUAGUCACUAUUUUACCACCCACACAGCAUGUGUUUACCACUCCCUCCACUCUCCUUCCUGCCAAUCCUCUGGGCUCACAAAUCUUCACUCCUGCCAGUUCCACUCGGGAUCUUCUGGCACAGCUAGAUGAAAGCAAAGGAGCCCAAGAAUGUGUGCCCUUGCCGAUAUGUCGAUGGAACCUUUCCAGCUUUGCUCGUGACAGAUACGCACCCAUCCUGCUGCAGAGCCAAACUAAGGGAAUUGUGGUAGCUCUAUUCCUAGCCCUGCUGGGCCUCAGCCUCUAUGGUACAACCAAGGUACAUGAUGGACUGUAUCUGACGGAUAUUGUACCACGAGGUACAAAGGAGCAUGCCUUCAUUUCAGCUCAGUUCAAGUAUUUCUCCUUUUACAAUAUGUUUGUGGUAACGAAUGGAGGCUUUGACUACCCAAGCUCACAGGAAGCUCUUUACAGCCUGCAUCAGGCCUUUGCUGCCAUCCAGUAUGUAGUACGUGAGGAGAACCGCCAGUUGCCAAAGAUGUGGCUGCACUACUUCCGAGAUUGGCUACAAGAUCUACAGGCAGCCUUUGAUCAAGACUGGGAAGCCGGGCACAUCACCAGGGAAAAUUAUCGGAAUGGUUCGGAAGAUGGAGUUCUUGCUUAUAAACUCCUUAUCCAGACGGGCAACAAGAAAGAGCCUUUCAACUUAAAUCAAUUGACAACUCGCCGUCUGGUUGAUGAAAAUGGGAUCAUUCCCCCUGAUAUAUUUUACAUCUGCUUGACAGUGUGGGUGAGCAAUGACCCCCUUGGUUUUGCUGCUUCCCAGGCCAACUUCUAUCCGCCACCCCCGGAAUGGAUCCAUGAUAAAUAUGAUGCUACCGGUGAAAAUCUUCGAAUCCCAGCUGCACAGCCUCUGGAGUUUGCUCAGUUCCCCUUCUACCUCAAUGGCCUUCAACACACAUCAGACUUCGUGGCAGCUAUCCAGAGUGUGCGUGCCAUCUGUGAUGAGGUGGCCCAGACACAUGGAGUAUUUAGCUACCCCAGCGGAUAUCCAUUCCUCUUCUGGGAGCAGUACAUUGGCCUGCGCCAUUGGCUUCUGCAAGCCAUCAGCAUUGUGCUGGCCUGCACAUUUCUGGUGUGCACGCUGCUGCUACUCAAUCCUUGGACUGCCAGUAUCAUUGUAUUUGUUUUGGCAAUGAUGACAGUUGAGCUUUUUGGCAUCAUGGGCUUGAUGGGCAUCAAACUGAGUGCAAUCCCUGUUGUCAUCCUAAUUGCUUCUGUAGGCAUUGGCGUGGAAUUUACUGUACAUGUAGCUCUGGGGUUUCUCACCGCCAUUGGCAGCCGGAACCUGCGCUCCACUGUGGCUUUAGAGCACAUGUUUGCCCCUGUAAUGGAUGGUGCUGUUUCCACUCUGCUUGGUGUACUUAUGUUGGCAGGCUCAGAAUUUGAUUUCAUUCUGAGAUAUUUCUUUGCCGUGCUUACUAUCCUGACUAUUCUGGGGCUACUUAAUGGCCUGGUACUAUUGCCUGUACUACUUUCUAUUAUUGGACCACCUGCAGAGGUAACACCAGCAGAUAAUGGCAGCCGCUUGCCAACACCAUCACCUGUCCCACCGCCCAUCAACCAUCACAGCUUCUACAUUCGCCAACAUGGAAAUGCUUUUGGUGACUCCUCAGACUCAGAAUACUACUCAGAGACAGUUAGUGCAUCAGAGACUGGUGAAGAUGACCGCAGCACAUAUAUCAUCUCCCCAGCUCAAUCACAAAUCUUGGUCAAAGCCAGCAAAAGUCCUAAUUUUCCCCAAAUCACUGUGGUAAAAAGCUACAAGACAAGCCUAGAAUCACCUUUAUCAUUGUGCAGCCCGGAAUGGACCCAAUCCAGAACUCCUGGUGGCCAUUUGCCAGCAGCUGUCACAGAAAUCAAAAGUUGUUUGCAGCAGCAAGAACAACCCAACCACAGACUAGGGUCUCAAUUAGCUCAGUCUACUCCCAAACCCCUUCAGACUAACUCCAUUACUCACAGCACCAAAAUACCACCUUCAGGACCUGGUGGCACUUUCACUACAGUUACAGCUACUGCCUCGGUGAUGUUGGCCUUGCACCCACCUUUGCCUGGAUCUUGCCGGGGCUAUACACAUGAGGGGUUUGAAUCUGAUGAUAACUCUGAAAAACCAGGCCCCAAACCAUCUGACAGUUUGGAACUACAGGACCUGAAGCAGAAUCAUUAGCCAUCCGCUUUGCCAAGCCAAAUCACUGGCUCUAGAACUCCUGCCUCAGGGCUGGCCGGCAUGCCAAGUGAGCACGGGGGCCAGAUACAUCCCACACCACAGAUUGUGAAGUUCGCUGUAUUUAUGGAAACUCUUGCAUUGCAUCCAACCAACCAACUGCAGGCAUAAUCAGUACUGCUGAGAACAAAGAGACCAGAUUAUUUUCAGUAUCCAUAUUGCAAAAAAGCUGAUAGGAAAAUAUCUCAGCAUUCCCAGGUGUAUCUGGCACCAAAAAGCACUCUGAUUUCUUGGGUGUCAGGGUGUAAAUUUUGUGCCCUUAGUUCGGGCCAGUGACCCAUUUAAUAUCAGGCCUACUUGAAUCUGAAAAAAUGAAAGUGACCAUUCUCCACAAGCUAUGUGAACCAUCUCAUGGCUUUCUUUGGGCUAGUUGCCCAAACAGCCACCCUCCAUGGAGAAAAGAGGACUCAACUAUGUGUGGGGAACUCUCCCACAUUGUGCUGCUAUUCUUUUAUUUUUAUUAAUAUUAUUAUAAUUAUUAUUAUUUUAAACUGUAUAAAAAGAGUCACCAACCCUCCCCCUUAUAAUUAUAAUAAUUAUUUUUAUUAUUUUCACGGCUCUCUCAGUAAACAUGUGGCAAUUUCCCUUUAAGGGGAAACACCAGGGUGAAGUUGUAAUAGGGAGAGCACCCCUGUUGUAAUGUGGACUGAAAGGAGAAUGCAAUGGUGGGGGCGCGAUGUGUCUUAAGGUUCUAUGCAAACUGGGGGAGCGGCUGCCUUCUGCUCUGGUUCCCACCAGUAGUACUGCCUAUCCUAGCAUUUGCAAUGUCUCUGUUCUGGAUCCUACUCCUACCCCCCUCCCAGUGGUGGGUUGCUACCAGGGCCGGAUUUAGAUGAAAAGAGGCCCUAGGCUAUUCCACUUAUGAGGCCCUUUCACCUAUAGUGAAAGUGUAAUUUUAAUUUUGCUAACAAUUUGAAUGUAGGCCCCUCUUGAUCUUGAGGCCCUAGGCUGAAGCCUAGUUAGCCUAUAGGAAAAUCCGGCCCUGGUUGCUACCAGUUUACCCCGGAUCGGACAAACCGGUGGCUAUGGUGGGAGGCUCCGCCCACCUGCCCGGACACUUCUGCGCACCAGUAGCAAUGGGUUUUGAAAUCUACCCCUGCCCCCUCCCUUAUAAUGUAUACACUUUCUCUUACUUUGCUUGCCUCUUAUAUCAACUGAAAAUGUUCCUCACACAAAUGUCCCCUAAGCAAUUUCUGAUUAGUGUUUAAAUGUUCUCCUUCAUAACUAAUAGAAGUAAGGGAUUACUCCCAAAUAAUCUCCACCCAGGAAAAAACAUAGUUGGAUCUUAAACAUUAAGGAAAGAUAAGAGUUAUCCUGGUACUCGACACAAUGCCAGGAUACAGAAUGCUUACAUAUGUACAUUGAUUACAAAGCUCGUGUUGCACAUAAGAAUUUAAGGUAUCUAGAAAAAGAACACUCGGAGAAGAAACAAGGAUCUCCACAUGAUAAAUUCAGUUGCAUACUGCCCUGAUUGAGAGAAUAUUAUGAAAUAAGGUCACUCACUCCAUGUUAUUAUUGGGGUGAUGCCAUGCGUAUCGUUGAGAUCUUUUUACCGAUAUUUUUCUUCUGCUGAGAUGAUUGGCUUCCUGAACUUUAUGGUUAGAGUAAAAUACUCAAGCCACACUUGGUAGACAAAUGUGGCUUAAGCAUUUUUUCCCCUUUACCAGAGGAAAUUUUUAUGUAAAAGAAACGGUAUGUGUGAAACUAUCCUUUGAUUCUAUUUUGAGAGAUUUUGAGCUGACCAGAAACCUCUCCCAUUCAGUAAGAUUUUGGUGCAAUUGUCAAAGCAGAAAUGUUUGAUCUCUUGCCUAAAAAUUUAAUCUUGUGGUUCCAGUUUCUGUUCUUGAAUUCUCCUUCUGGUUCAGCUUCUUUAGUAGAAAAUUAAAAAUGAACUAUCAUUUGGCAACAGGGUGCUUCUAAAGGAGAAGUCCCAAUUCCAAUACGUAUGUUUGGUUUCUGCAUAACCAGGUCAAUAUUGUUUUAUAAAACAGUUUGGUUUUUCAUUCUAUUUCAGAAUGUCAACCUGCAUUCUCCAUGAACUUUAAAGUGUUGGUUUCUGCCCAGGUCUAAUCUAGGCACCACAAGAGAAUGAUUGACACCAUAUAUGUUAAAACCCAAAUUUUCCUGGCGUUAAAACAGCUUGUAAUUAUUUAUUUAUUUAUUCCUUUCUUUCUGUCCUUUUCCAAAGGAGAAAAGAUGGCAGCUGGAUCAAUAUUUCCUUUGGGUUAGGUCUAUUUACACGACGUUACCAACUUUCUUAUGUUAAACUACUCCCUAUUUAAGUUAGCAUCAAAUCAAAUGAUAUAUUUCCUUAAUGUACUAUUCUUUCAUCUGCUAGAUAUUAAUAUGGCAAUUUUCCACAAAGAAUAAAAAAAGUAAGACAUAUGGAUUUAGAUGAUUUCAUUAGUCAUCUACAUCAAUCCAACAGACCAGAGAUCAAUGCCCUCUGGAUAUUUUGCAGCUCAACUUCCAUUAGCCCUAGCAUAGCCAUUGGCAAGAAAUUGUUGGGAGUCCAAAAUAUCAAGAAGGCAAUAGGUUGUCUACCCAAAUAGGUUGCAAGAAAUUAGAGGUUGAAGCUGCAACUGGCAAAGUUUUUAAGUGAAGGAUUUUUGACACCUUGAGAUCGAAACAAUCUAUUAUAUGCAUACAUGCAAACACAUGCAGCUUUCUUACAAAAAAGAUGAAAUUAUUCAAAACAAAAUUAUGUACCAGUUAAGGCAGGUAAAUUGUUUUAGAUUUGAUCCUGAUUAUCGAUUUGGGGAUUUCAGAAGGCAGGAAGUCCACCCCUAUAGACUUCUAGGCAUGAUGUUGCCCAACAUUUAGACACUAAUAGUUUACCAUUUUAACUAUGGUAUUAAUAUGUUCAAUAAGUUAACCUUUUUAAAGCAUUGUCAGUGUAAAUUGUCUCCUAGCCACUCUGAGGGCUUCACUUGAACUUGUGACAUGCUUAGGAAAAAAAUUGUAUCAUCCCCUUGAGCACAGAGGCUGUUAUCACAAUCAACCCAUAUUCUUACAAGAGUUGAUUCUUGUUGGAAUCCAUUUCCCACUGACAUUCUUCCUUAUAAACCCCAGGCACUUUAACCCCUUCCCUUCACCAAGAACUGCUGUAAUUUUAUUCCCAGCCAAAGUUGGAUUCACUUCUUGUUACCAAGGGAAUAUACUGCUGAGAUUUUCACAUCUGUGUAAGGUGAAAACUUUAGUAGGUUUAUGCCUCUUGUUAAAAUGAGCACAUUCAGUUUAUUUUAAACAUCACUGAUUUCUGGAGUCCAGAGAAAUUUCCCAAAACUAAUUUACUCUAGGGCCACUGACCUGGCCAGCAUUUAGAUCAAAGUUUUCCCACCAUUAAAUUCCUUCCUUCCACUGUCUAAAAAGAACUGAGUGCUUCUGAAAAAUCAACCCCUCCCCCCCCCCACCAAAUCUGGGACCAGUGAAACAUGAUGAAAAGUGGACACAUUGUAUGUGUAUUUGUGUGCGUGCGCGUGUGAGAGUAUGUAGUGGGUGUGCUAGAGAUCUGUUAACCUGAUAAUGUUGUCUUGCCAUAUAAAUUAUUUAUAUGAAAAAGAAAGAUUUAUUUUUGUAGUUUGUACAGACUUCUAGCCUUGCAAUGGAAUUUUUAUUUUUAAAAGUAAAUAUAUAUUAUAUAUAAACCUAUCUUCUAGUGA